AUGGCCAGCUCACGUUUAAAAUUGAAAAUUCCAUCGCAAUACUAUAUCAUUCAUGACCCUAAAGGAGAAAGAUGCGCCCAGCCUAUUUCUGGAACUGCCAUUCUUAGUACUGGUUUCACUCAACCGGAGACUUCAAAUCAAAAUGUGCUUCAUAUUUGCCUGAUUUGUGUUCUCACGACGACCGAGAAGAAAAGCAGAGUCGAAAAAAGAUUGUUGGGUCGAUUCACUCGAUGGAGGUUGGAGAAGCAGAGUUCGCUUCGAAAAGGUGACCUAGUACGAUCCUGCUCGGUCAUUGAAGAAUUGACCCUCCAACCAUUUGCCAACACUUGCGGACAGCUCCGCUGCAAUAUUCCCUUUUUAUUGCCAGUUCCUGGGAAUAUACCAGGGACAUCGAUCACAGACAUCGGAGAAAUAUCAUACUACCUUGUUGCAACUUUGAACACGGGAAACGGCACAGACGCGGAAAUUACCCACCAAGAGAUCAAGAUUACCCGUCAAAUCUUGCUAGAACAACCUUCGCUUCAGCACAUUCGGAAUUAUCCUGGCUUGAAUCUCAUUACUAAGAUUAUCCUUACACAGGAUGUUGAUUUAGCGACGCACUCCAAAAUUCCAGUCAGUGCGAAGGUGUUCGUCCGACCGGCGAGACCCGCAGAUCGCCCAAUCGAAUACCGAUGCGUGGCGGUACGUGGAAUUCGAUGGCGAAUCGAAGAAAUGACAAAGGUCUUCAGCCAUUCAGCAGAUGAAGACAAAAAUUACCAGCCAUGCCAGCCUAUUGCAAGUCGAUGCUCGACAAGUGUGAUUUCCAAAGGAGUGCAGAAGGGGUAUUGGAAGAUCGAGCAAGUUUCCACGAAACGAGCAUCGUCGCUGCGGCAUGCAGACCUAUCAGUUGACAUCCCGCUUGAAUUAUCGCUGAGUAGAGACUUUGACACCACUUCAGCGGUUGAUUUGAGAUGCUAUGAUGUCUUUUCGACGCCAACGAGCAACUUGAGUGCAAAUUUGAAAGAAAUUGGGGUUUAUACAAAAAAAGAUGACAUGAUGAUCACUAUCGAACAUCGGCUGAAACUCGAUAUAUUGAUGUUAGAGGAUACAUUUUGCGUCUAUAAACAUGAAUUGGUUGAUCGGAGACCUCUACAGACUGCACUUGACGCGUCAUUUCCUCUCCAGAUCAGCGCAAGAGCCAGGGGCAAUUUGGAAGCCGUGCCGAAUGAAGUCAACCCGCCCUCUUAUAAUGAACUUCCUAUUCGUCCUCCUCAUUAUAUGCAAGCAACUUGA